AUGCUAUCAUCGACUCCUAAUCAGGCUGAUGAGCGCACACAUUUGCUUAGCAAUGGCGACGAGGCGGCGACUGCAAAAGACAAGUCCCGACUGAGAACCCAACUUGUGGUAAUUUUGUUUGUGUGCGUACUUUACUUUAAUCUGUACCUAUGCCUUGCUCCAGAGGUCAACAUUCGAGAAGACAUCAUCUGUAAAGCUUAUUACGACGCUCUCGAUAACGACGAGGUUUCGAUUGAGCGUGACUGCACCGUGGACGACGUGCAGAGAGAGCUGAGCCUGCUCAGUCAGGUGUAUGUUACGAUUUCACAGCUACCGGGGUUUAUCCUUGCAUUUCCCUAUGGAGCUCUGGCAGAUCGGAUCGGUCGUAGGAAGGUUCUCCUCUGCUCUGUCGUGGGAAUCGUCUUAUGCGACGCUUUCAAACUCCUCGUUAUGUGGCAACCAAAUCAUUUCCCCUUAAGAGUCAUCUGGCUAGCGCCUCUCUUCAGGCUCAUCGGAGGUGGUGAUGCUGUCGCUGCAACAGUGGUCCUAGCGACAUUGGCAGAUGUCUACACGGAGCAGGAUCGAGUCGCGUCGAUGGCGACCGCAUGCGAACUUUUCUCGCCCCUCAUUGGCUCUGCGCUCAUGCUUAAGAGCUCGUGGAUUCCUGUUCUUCUUGGGUUUGCAACGUUACUGGUGGGUACAUCGGUGAGCCUCGCGCUUUUGCCAGAGACCCUGGCACAGAGACCACGGUCAGGAGAUCCACUCGAUCCUGCUCGACCGAAGACACAUGGCCCCCCGAGACUCGGAAUUUCAGGAGACCAAAUCACGGCAAUGUUAGCAGUUUUUCGAGAAUCUAUCACUUCACUAUUCGCCACGAAGAACGUUGGACUCCUCCUAUUUGGUUUCUUUGCAGCUACAGUUGGCACCAUAGCGGCCGCAUUCGAGCUGCAAUAUGUCCACAAGCGCUUUGGUUGGAGUUAUCCAUACGCAAGCUCCAUCCUAGCCAUACGGCCCUCCAUCACUCUUGUCGUUCUCUUGGUCAUCAUCCCAGUUGCCAGCAGGAUCUCCAUGGAGAAUUUCGGACUUUCGAGUGCCCGGGCAGAUCUCUUUCUUGUCCGUGUCAGCGCCGCGUUGCUUACCGCUGGUACUCUACUUCUGAGCGUCUCCGAGAUAUCGUCCCUCGCCAUUCUGUCGUUGAUCAUCUUUGCUCUCGGAAACGCCUUUACCACUAUAGCUAAGAGCUUGCUCACGACUUUCGGGCCGCCGGAAAUGGCGGGGACUUUGCUUUCCGCAAUGAAUAUUAGCGCAUCUCUCGGAGCGAUGAUUGCUGGACCGAUUAUCGCAGUAUUGUUCGAUUGGGGUCUAAAGCAAGGUGGAAUCUGGGUUGGCGCCCCCCUGUUUUUCGUCACGUUGCUUUAUACCUUGACUUUCUGCUCUGUGUGCGUCCUGAGGCUUCCAGAUAGAAGCGAGGAUGGUGAUGAUGAUGAUUACGAACAAGAUCAGCAAAGAGCGCAAAGUGUAUUGGGUUCUUGA